AUGCUUCUGGACGCGGGGCCGCAGUUCCCGGCCAUCGGGGUGGGCAGCUUCGCGCGCCACCACCAUCACUCGGCCGCGGCGGCGGCGGCGGCGGCUGCCGAGAUGCAGGACCGCGAGCUGAGCCUGGCUGCUGCUCAGAACGGCUUCGUGGACUCAGCCGCGGCGCACAUGGGCGCCUUCAAGCUCAACCCCGGGGCGCACGAACUGUCUCCUGGUCAGAGUUCGGCGUUCACGUCGCAAGGUCCGGGCGCAUACCCAGGCUCUGCUGCGGCUGCCGCUGCGGCCGCAGCACUAGGGCCCCACGCCGCACAUGUUGGCUCCUAUUCUGGGCCUCCCUUUAAUUCCACCCGGGACUUCCUGUUCCGCAGCCGCGGCUUCGGGGACUCGGCUCCGGGAGGCGGCCAGCACGGGCUCUUCGGACCGGGCGCAGGAGGCCUGCACCACGCGCACUCGGACGCGCAGGGCCACCUCCUCUUCCCGGGCCUCCCGGAGCAGCACGGGCCUCACGGCUCUCAGAACGUGCUCAACGGGCAAAUGCGCCUAGGGCUGCCGGGAGAAGUGUUCGGGCGCUCGGAGCAAUACCGCCAAGUGGCCAGCCCGCGGACCGACCCCUACUCGGCGGCGCAACUCCACAACCAGUACGGCCCCAUGAAUAUGAACAUGGGGAUGAACAUGGCAGCGGCCGCAGCCCACCACCACCACCAUCACCACCACCCUGGUGCCUUUUUCCGCUACAUGCGGCAGCAGUGCAUCAAGCAAGAGCUCAUCUGCAAGUGGAUUGAUCCCGAGCAGCUAAGCAAUCCGAAGAAAAGCUGCAACAAAACUUUCAGCACCAUGCACGAGCUGGUGACCCACGUCUCGGUGGAGCAUGUCGGCGGCCCAGAGCAGAGUAACCACGUCUGCUUCUGGGAGGAGUGUCCACGCGAGGGCAAGCCCUUCAAGGCCAAAUACAAACUGGUCAACCACAUCCGUGUGCACACCGGCGAGAAACCCUUUCCCUGUCCUUUCCCGGGCUGCGGCAAGGUCUUCGCACGCUCCGAGAACCUCAAGAUCCACAAAAGGACCCACACAGGGGAGAAACCUUUCCAGUGUGAGUUCGAGGGCUGUGACCGGCGCUUCGCCAACAGCAGCGACAGGAAGAAGCACAUGCAUGUCCACACCUCAGAUAAGCCCUAUCUCUGCAAGAUGUGCGACAAGUCCUACACGCACCCUAGUUCGUUGCGGAAGCACAUGAAGGUCCAUGAGUCCUCCCCUCAGGGCUCCGAGUCCUCCCCGGCUGCCAGCUCUGGCUACGAGUCGUCCACGCCCCCGGGCUUGGUGUCCCCCAGCGCAGAGCCGCAAAGCAGCUCCAACCUGUCCCCGGCAGCGGCAGCGGCGGCGGCAGCAGCUGCGGCGGCGGCAGCCGCGGUGUCUGCCGUGCACCGAGGCGCGAGCUCUGGCAGCAGCGGCUCUGGAGGCGGCUCGGCCACAGGCAGCGGCGGGGGCGGCGGGGCGGGCGGCGGGGGCGGCGGCAGCUCUGGAGGGGGCAGCGGGACAGCCGGAGGCCAUAGCGGCCUCUCCUCCAACUUCAAUGAAUGGUACGUGUGA